AUGUCCAGAGUAUGUUCAGCUUUGUGUUCUCUUCUCUCUCUGGUGGUUAGCACAGCCGGUGUAGAUCUCAGCCAGAUCCAAGUUUAUCCAGAAAAUGGUGGAAUCUCUAAAGUAUUUAUAGUCCAGCUCAAGAACCAACCAUACAGAUUUAAUGCAACUACAGCGAUAGAUGUGUGCACAAGUCUGGGUGUUAGUAUAGCCACGCUUGCUCAAGUGGAAACUGCACUGAGAAAUGGCUUACAGACUUGCAGAUAUGGUUGGGUUAUGGAGCAAGUUGCUGUUAUUCCUCGAAUUGAGAAAAAUCCAAAGUGUGGCAAAGACAAAGUUGGACUCGUUGAUUGGUUUUGCCCUCCUAGCCAAUUAUUUGAUGUGUUUUGCUUCAAUUCAACAGAUCAAACUGAAGCAACAACAUCCACCAAACCAAAUAUGACGACGGUGUCUGUCAGCAGGACUGAUGCUAAAACAACCGCCCCAUCGUUUUUUUUGUUGAUUCAGCAUAAUAAAACCUUACUUGGUUCCUCCCCAUCUCCACAACCCAUUUCCACUGGUUUCACCACUUCUGUGAUACCCACAAUAUUUUCCUCCACUGUCACCCCUAUGACCACAAAGAGAUCUCAAACAUCUCCACCUUCUAGUUCCCUACCAAGUACUGGAUAUCAGCCUUCCAUUUCCUCAUCUUUUUCUAUUUCCUUCUCUUCUACAGAACUUUUUUCACAUCCAUUCAUUAACUCUUCCUCUGUAACCAUUUCUUCUAAUGAAACAGAGCAACCCCCUUCUGGUAAAGGAUUUUCCUUUGGAGUAGUGUCCAUGACAUGUGUCAUCCUUUUUGGGAUACUCCUCCUGGCCAUGACAGUAGCAGGAGCAGUUUGGUGUUUCAAGACACUGCCACACCGUCUUUCUUCCUGGGAAAGAAUUUGCCACAAAGAUAUGUUCGAAACUGAGAUGUGGAAACACACAGAGCAGCAACAUUUCAACAUGCAGAAUGACAGUGAGAACUGUGGUGAUGAUAUAACUCUCCAGAUGGAAGAUGACACAAUAGCAUCCUAACAGCAGCUCUUCUUGGGAUGAGAAGGGAUAUGGGAUGGGAUGGGAUUGGAUCGAAUGGGAAGGGAUGAGAUGUGAUGGGAAAGGAUGGGAAGGGAUGCUUUAGUGCUCUGAACAACAUCAAAGAUUGUAAAUAUCAGAUACUUAACAGUUAUUCCACGAAAUCAAGUCGUAUAGUACAUGAGCUGAUAGCCGACAAGGCACGUAGCGCCAAGUAGUCUAUAAGCCAUGUAUGACAAUAUUGAGUGGAAUAAUUGUUUUAUUCUAUACACAUUCACUGGCUUUGGAGAAACAGAUCAUUUUUAUUUUAAUUUUUCUGCAAAUUCAAUAAAUAAAAACUUUAUACAAAACAUCCAACAAAAUCAUUUCCACUUAGAAUGUAAACAAAUCGGCAAAAUGACAGUAGCAAUUUGUGAA